UGUGAUUGAAAUACUCUAACCUCACUUAAAAUUUUUUAAUUUUGUCGGAAUCAAAUGGCUUUUUUGUAUGGAUAAAAUGCCAGAACAGUUCGAAUUUCCGUGGCAGCACAGCUUUCCGCCCUUCUUCACCUUGCAGCCGCACAGCGAGACUAGGGCCCGACAGAUAUCCGUUUGGCGCGCCCUAAUUUUGGACUAUUUUAGAUUCGCCAAGACGUGCACUUUGGAUAUACGCGAGGCGUCGCACCAUCCCCUAUUUAACAACGCGAGCAUAAAUCGUAAGCUCGACAACGAGUUCAUACUGGCCGCGCUGUCCGACCUGCAGAGGACCCAAAAUGCGGCGCCCGUCGACAAGCAGAGGCAUCGCUGGGAGAUUUACUGGCACACGCUCGAGGAGUGGGGCAACUUGAUCUAUAAUUAUGUGACGAAUAGGGGAGCAACCGGUUCGGUUCUGACGUUAUUUGAGCUUACGCAAGGCGAGGACGUACAGGACGAGGAAUUCUGCGGACUCGAGACUGAUGUGUUGGUGAAAGCGCUUCGUGUUUUGGAAGGCGAAGGAAAGUGUGAAGUCAUCACGUCGGAUGACCUGGAGGGUGUAAAGUUUUUCUAAGUGCUAUUUCUUAAUCACAUUUUAAUGGUUUACCUUAACAUUGUAUUGUAUGGCAGAGGAGAGUUAACUUAUUUACAUAAAUGUAUUUGUUGCUAAAA